UACACCGCCUGCCAUCUGUGGCGUCCCUUUUCUUUUUUUCCUACAUGUAGAUCAUCCAGACUUUUUUUUUCUUAUCCUUCUCCCGUGCCGAGACCUCAGUACAUUCAUGCCCGCACAAUUGAGUACCUUGAAGGCCAAGAUAUGUGAAGGAAAAGACUCACACAUACACACAUACACACAAUUUUACCAAGACUUGUUGGUCUGGGGAAAACUCUGAUCUGUCUUCUUAGUACAUACCUAAUCCAACAACUCACGAAUAGGGAAUCUCCGUCACGCCCCUCCUUAUCUUUUCUGUGCUGUACAUACCACAUACUAGGUACAUACCUACAUACCUACCUAGUACGGUUAUCUGGGGUACCCCUCUAUCCCCUCCAUUCUACUAACCUAGGUGUUGUACAGUACUAUUGUGUCCAUUGUAUUGCCGCUUUUCUACUUCCAGGUCCCCUUUUUGUUUAAUAUAUGACAAUUGCAUUGUAUUAUAUCAUACCCUCUCACUCCUUUGUAUCAUAUGUCUUUAAGUGCCGCUUGUCGUGUCGAGUUCCUUCCUCGAAUCUCAACAACACUAAGACGAGUUCGACCAAGCCUUAACACUCCCCUUCCAACCGUUUCUCAGUGGAGACAUAAUCACAUCUGGCGCAGUCCUGUGUAUAGCUCUCCACCUUCUUACAGAUCUAGCCCACCUAUCACGAAUCACCCCUCUUACAACAACAUCUUCUCACGAGCCUCUCCUUUUGAGAAGACUCGAAUUACUGCUCUCACAAAACCCUUCAUUCGAUACUGCUCUUACCGGAGACACAAUAUGUGUAGACUUGCUGGAGAUAUCGAUCAUACCGGAGGAGCCGCGCCAGACCCCACCCAGGGCCGUGAGCUUCUCCCAACCAACGUCAUCCCAAAGCAUUAUGAUGUGACUCUGGAACCUAACCUCGAGAAGUUUACCUUUGACGGAAAGGUUCUCAUCGAUUUUGACGUACAGGAGGAGUCCAAGUCUAUCUCCCUCCAUACUGUCGAGCUCGACAUCCACAGCGCCCAGAUUAAGUCUGGGGACGGUGUCUUUAGUGCUUCUUCUGCGGUUACAUACGACAAAAAUACGCAAGUUUCCAAGAUCGACCUCAGCAAUGCCAUCCCCAAGGGUAAGGCGCAGUUGGAGAUCAAGUUCAGUGGUCAGCUGAACGAUCAGAUGGCUGGGUUCUAUCGCUCCACCUACAAGAAACCUGAUGGUACAGAUGGUAUUUUGGCCACAACGCAGAUGGAGGCCAAUGACUGCCGCCGUGCCUUCCCUUGUUUCGACGAGCCAAUGCACAAGGCCAAAUUUACUAUCACCCUCAUUGCGGACAAGCACUUGACCUGUCUGAGCAACAUGGAUGUUGCGUCCGAGUCAGAAGUGCUGUCAGAGAUGAGUGGAACAACUAAAAAGGCCGUCAAGUUCAAUCCCACUCCCCUCAUGUCUACAUAUCUCGUUGCUUUCAUUAUUGGCGAGCUUAACUACAUCGAGACGAAAAAGUUCCGUGUACCAAUUCGAGUGUAUGCGCCUGCUAGUUCAAAUAUUGAGCAUGGCCAUUUCUCACUUGAUCUUGCAGCACGAACUCUAGAGUACUACGAGAAAAUCUUUGGUGCCAAAUUUCCGCUGCCCAAGAUGGAUAUGGUUGCUAUCCCCGACUUUGCAGCCGGAGCUAUGGAAAACUGGGGUCUCAUCACCUACCGUGUCGUCGAUUUGAUGCUAGAUGAAAAGGCCAGCGGUGCAGCUAUGAAAGAACGUGUGGCUGAGGUUGUACAGCACGAACUAGCGCAUCAAUGGUUCGGAAAUCUGGUUACCAUGGAAUGGUGGGAAGGUCUAUGGCUGAACGAGGGCUUCGCGACUCUAAUGAGUUGGCUAAGUUGCAAUCACUUUUACCCAGAAUGGAAAGUCUGGGAGAACUACGUUAGCGACAAUCUCCAGAGUGCGUUGGGGCUUGACUCUUUGAGAAGCAGUCAUCCCAUCGAGGUACCUGUCAAACGCGCCAGUGAGGUUGACCAGAUUUUCGACGCCAUCUCUUACUCCAAGGGUUCGUGCGUCCUUCGUAUGAUCUCGACAUACCUUGGUGAGGAAACAUUCUUAGAAGGUGUCCGAAAAUACAUCAAGAAGCACGCCUAUGGCAACACACAGACCAAUGAUCUGUGGGCAGCCCUAGAAGAGGCCAGUGGCAAGCCAGUUAGGGAGAUCAUGUCUAUAUGGACUAAGAACGUGGGCUUCCCCGUUGUCGUUGUCACGGAAAAUGAUAAAGAUGGCUCGAUUCACGUCAAACAGAAUCGAUUCUUAAGGACUGGGGACACGAAGCCCGAAGAGGACAAGGUUCUCUACCCGGUAUUCCUAGGUCUCCGAACAAAAGAUGGUGUGGACGAGUCCUUGACAUUGUCUAAGCGGGAAGAUGUGUUCAAGCUCAAGGAUAUUGACUUCUUCAAGUUGAAUGCAAACCACACUAGCAUUUAUAGAACUUGCUACAGCCCAGAACGUCUGACGAAACUAGGCCAGUCCGCCAAGGAAGGUCUGUUAACAGUCGAGGAUCGUGCUGGCAUGAUAGCAGAUGCUGGUGCUCUUGCCGUGUCGGGAUAUCAAAAAACCUCUGGCGUGUUAAACCUUUUGAAAGGAUUUGACACAGAAGAGUCGUUCGUGGUAUGGAGCGAAAUCAUCGCCCGUGUUGCAACGGUUCAGUCAGCAUGGGUAUUUGAAGAUGCAGCCGUCAAGGGUGGUCUCGAAGCCUUCGUCAAGGAGCUCGUUAGCGAGAGAGCACACAAGCUGGGAUGGACUUUCACGGACAAAGAUGGUCACGUUGAGCAGCAAUUCAAGGCCAUGCUAUUCGGUGCCGCUGGUAUGGCCGGUGACGAGAAGAUCAUUGCCGCUGCUAAAGAGAUGUUUAACAAGUAUAUGGCUGGUGAUAGGUCGGCUAUCCACCCCAACAUUCGGGGCAGCGUCUUCAGCAUGGCCCUCAAAUAUGGUGGGAAAGAAGAAUAUGAUGCUGUUUUAAACUUCUUCCGUACGUCUACUAAUGGCGAUGAGCGCAAUACCGCCCUUCGAUGCAUUGGUCGAUCCAAGGAGCCGGCUCUGAUCCAGCAGACACUUGAUCUGGUCCUCAGCGGUGAGGUCAAGAGCCAAGAUAUAUAUCUUCCGGCAAGUGGCCUCAGGAGCCACGCGGAGGGAAUUGAGGCACUAUUUACCUGGUUAACCGAGAAGUGGCCUGAAAUCUACAAACGCCUCAGCGGAAACCCGCCUAUCCUAGGUUCUAUGGUCACUAUCUGUACAUCCAGCUUCGCAAAGCAGGAACAGCUUACGAGAGUUGAGGAGUUCUUCAAGGAUAUAGACACCAAGACAUUCGCCCAACCCCUUGCCCAAAACAAGGACGCCAUCCGUAGCAAGAUCGCGUGGUUAGAACGUGAUCGGGAUGACGUGGCGACUUGGGUGAAAGAAAACGGGUACAGCAAGAGCUCUUGAUUGAUAGUGGAUCAUGAGGUCCUCUAAUGAUCUAACAGAGGUCUAAAAGAGAUCUAAGAAACAUCCACACAGGGCAUGAAUAGAGAAAAGCUCAAUAGAUACCCUUAGAAAAAAGCAUAUAGAGAUAAUCGAUGAUUAUACGAGAGCAAAGAUUUGUAUUGCCCAACUAGGUAUUGAUAUUCCGUUGUGGAAGCCAACAUGAAGUUACCUAGGUUAACCUGCUUAUUUGUUUAGUAAAUCUUGAGUACAUAAUCAUAUAGCCUUAUAGAAAAUGC